AGCUGCGGCCUGUGGUUUUCAGAGCAAGCUCGAAGCCUCGCAGGCACUGGCUAUGUUUAUGUUACGCCUCGCAGCCGCGGAGGGCCGCGAUGGAAGGCGAUAAGAAAAGAACUAAAGAUGACACUUGGAAAUCAGAUGAACUAAAGAAGCAUCUUAAGGUGUCUCGAUCCGAUAGUCAGUCUGAAGACAAGAGGCAUCAUCGGAGAAAAUCACGAGACAGAGGCAGAAAUGAUGACGAUGAUAGCAACAGAGUGGGUUUGCAGAAGGAUCCAGAGAAGGACAGAGUCAAAUUAAAAGAAAAAGGAGAAAAAAUAAGAUUUAAAUCAAGUGAAAGACACAGAGAGGAAAGAAGAGACAAAGGAAGAGAGAAAGAUCAUCCCGGAGAACAAGAGAGAGAGAUUAAAGUAAAUCAUGAAAAAGAUGCCAAAGAAGAAAAAUAUAUCUCUGGAAGAAGUGGCGAAAGGCACAGUGGUAAAGAGAGGGAUAGGAAACCUAAAAAAGAUGAACCCAACCAAACACCACCGCGAAAUAGUGCGGAGACUUACAAGGAAAGGGAUAAAGAGCAUGAGAGGAGGAGGAGGAGAAGCAGCAGGGAUAACACUGAUUAUUCAAAAAUAAAAGAUGAAGAAAGAGAAAGAAGGCAACAUUCAGAGAGAAAGAAGGAAACUAGUUCAGGGGAGGUUUUGGGGAGCCGAGAUGAAGAACCCGAGCAGAGGCACAGAUCGCACAAGGACGAAGAUCCAGAGAAGGAGAAGAGAAGACGGCACAGGGAGAAGAAAGAGCACAAAUCCUCUGCUGCGGAAGAAAAAGAGAAGCAUUUGAAAUUAAGAAAUCCUAAGGAUGGGGAAGAAGAUCGUAUGUCUAGGAAACAUAAAGAGCGAUCACACCAUGAGGAUAGAUAUCACAAGGAGAACCAUGAAAGAACAGAGGAAGUGGAAGGUGAAAAAAAGAAGAGAGACCGCAAGGUUUGCUGAUUAUUGAGAUUACUUGUUAGUUUUAGAAGAGAGACCGCAAGUAUAAUUCUUUUUUUCUUUAGGAAUACAAGAGAGAAAAUAAAGAAACAUGGCAAGAGUGAAAGAGAGGAUGGAAAACGAGUGCACCACAAAAGUGAUGACUCUUCAGCACCACAUCUCAAAAGGCAAGCAAAUCAAGAAGGUGGAGAAAAUGAACUGAAAAAGGAAACCUCUUACGAAGAUUAUAAUUCUGUGAAUUAUGAAGAUGAUUUUGAGGACUAUGAAGAUGAUUUUGAUGAUUUUGAUGAUGAAGAGGAUGAAAAUAGCCAGAACACAGAAAAGGAAAAAGAGGAAGCAGGAGGGGGAUUACAGAAAGUUACUGUAACUAAGAGUUCAGAAAUAGAAGAAAUUCAGAAAGCAAUUAAUGAGGAAAAUGAAAAGAUUGAGGCCUUUCUUCCCAAGUCAAGAAAGAACGAAUAUCUUCCAAAAGACCAUGAAAAGAAACCAAGAAUAGAAAGGCAAGUGUCGCCGGCUCAGUGUCCCACUUCUGGAAAAUUCAUUGAUUUCCACAUGGCCAAACAGCGGCAAAGCAUCAGAAAAAUUGCCGAUCAACAGAAGAAACGUAGCUUUGAACUUCUCCGUCUCAUUGACCUGGACUUUUCAGUCAGCUUCUGUUUGUUGGAUUUGCCUCCAGUAAAUGAAUAUGAUAUGUACAUUCGAAACUUUGGGAAAGUAAACACCAAGCAGGCUUAUGUGCAAUGGAAUGAGGAUAAUCUGGACAGAGACAUUCAGACAGAGGAAAUAGAGACUCAAGAAAAAUGGACACAGCAUCCUGGAGAAACUGCCCUUGUGUCUGGAGGUCCCAAAAGCAGCCAUGAUGUAACUACUAUCACGCCAAAGAUAGAUUCCCAGAGACUAGCAAACUUCCUGCGAUCGGCUUGUCAGGUGAUAGAAGUUUUACUUGAGGAAGAUCAAGUAGCAACACAGCCCAGGCGGAAUUUAAGAUCACGACCAUCCAGUCUGUCUAUUAGUGAUAGGUGCUUCCAGUUAAAUACGAAUCUUCCCUUCUUGAAUGGUCGGAAGGUAUCCUGUCUGCAUAUCUCACAGGCUCAGAGGCAGUCACUGCUUUCAGUUCAUGGGUUUCCUGAACAAUCAAAUGACCUGCCACUGGACAGCAAAUACAUCAUCUGCGUGUGGAAUGUUUGGCAGCCUUCUAGUCCUCAGAAAUUACUGCUUUGUGAAUCUCAGGUGACAUGUUGCUGCUUUAGUCCUUGUAAAGCUACUUUGGUGUUUGCUGGAACAGUUGAUGGUUCAGUGCUGGUGUGGGAUCUCAGAGAGGACUCAAGGAUGCAUCAGUGCAUGAACAUUAAUGAAACAGACUGGACCUUUCGAUCUGCAACGUUUUCUACUGAUGGAGUGUUUACCCCAAUAAAUCAUACUUGUCCUGUAUUGACCAUUGAACCUGUCUCAACCUCUGUCUUCAAGGAGCAGAACUGUGGGCUCUCCUAUCUCUCUGUUCAGGAAGAAAUGCUUGGACUUUCAUUUCAGAUUGCUUCAAUGGAUGAAAAUGGGACUCUUAAUCUAUGGGUGGUUGUUGAACUUCAGAAAGGGGAUUUGGCUGGCUCACAAAAUGAUUUAGGGUUAAUUCCUGGGGGGAAAAUUAAAUUGGUUCAUAGCUCUACCGUUCAGCUGAAUUGCAGCAUUUCUCCAAAAGAUUACACAUUCCUGGGGGUCCCCCAGACACUGAACAUUAAAUUUCUGCCUUCAAAUCCUAAUCAUUUUGUUGUUGGAACAGAUGUUGGUGUGGUGAACCACAGCACAAGGCACGAGCUGAAAGUCCCUCCCAAGUGGUUCAAACCCCAGCAGGGGGGUCUGAGAUCAACCCGAGUUAACACAAUUGAUUUUUCGCCUUUUGGAAAGCCAAUCUUUUUGGUGGGCUGUUCAGAUGGGAGCAUUAGACUCCACCAAAUGGCGUCUGAGCUUCCACUUAUGCAGUGGAACAACAGCACAGCGGGGCAGCCGGUAGUCGCCCUCCAGUGGGCUCUAACCAGGCCAGCUGUGUUUUUUGUUUUGGAUGCCACAUCUGUAGUUUAUAUUUGGGAUCUCUUGGAAAAUGAUUUGUCACCUGUAGCCAAACAGCCGAUCUGGUCUGAUAAGGUUAUAACAAUGGCUGUCCUGGGUGAGCCUGAAAAAGCAAGUGGCGUUCUGGGCAUAGCACUUGCCAAAGAAUCUGGAAUAAUAGACAUUAAAUACGUCAAGAAGAAGUGGGCCCUGCCUCAGCCAGAAGAGGCUGAGAAAUUAAACCUGCUUUUGCAGCAGGCCUUGUAAAAUGCAAACAAGAUGCCUGUAUCUGAAUGCAGAAAUACGGCUCGGGGGUUUUGAAUGAAUUUGUUAAUAUCUGAGAUUUAUCAGGAUGUUGCAUGGCUGAAAUAUUUUUUUAAUUCCUAUUUGUAAAUAGUAUUUAUAUGUUUUAAGAAGUAUCAACACAGUAUUUGGACUUGAGCUAGAGAACAUUUUUAUGAAACUCAGAAUAAAUAUUUAUGAAGGCAUCCCUUGAAAAGAGGGAGAAAUAUAUUUGCUUCCAAUAUGCUAUGUAUUUUAAAUCUUUAUACAUAUUUUUGGAAUAAAACUGAACAUAUCGUCCCAUGA